GCGGGAGCGAGGAGCCGAGGAUGAAGUGGGUUAGUUGUGUGUGGAGACUGGAGUCGGUCAUACGUGCUUCCCCGCCCGCUCCCUCAGCUUCUCACGUGGCCCAGACCGCCUCCUUCUUCAUCGACGAGCGAGUGUCCGGAGCGGGGCGCCACGAAGGGAAGGACCGCGGGGAGGAAGAUUCUGGCGAGGCUGAGUGAGGCUGAGCAAGUCGGACGCGUCACUGGCCCUCUCCUGACCCACCCCUGUGUACCGGUUCGGGUCAGCCACACGCGCGCACUGACACACACACGUACACGGGAGAGAGGAUCUAGUAUGAGUGUAGCAAGUGUGCGUUACAAAGUGGACAAGUGGACAUCAUUCCCGAUUCCUUUUUGAGAAUUGCGUGGGAGAAAGAGAGAGAAAGAGAGACAGAUAGAGACAAAGAGAGAAAGAGAGACAGAUAGGGGAAGAUUGAAAGAUUAAGAGAGAGAGAGAGAGAGAAAGACCCGUGCACCCUUGAACCUGCGGGUGGUGAAAAGGUGUGAAGUGACCCAAUGAACCACUUGUGACGCGUGUACCUGGUAAUGCUUCAUGGCGGGGGACUGGUGAAGCCACUUACCUUAUACGGGGGAAGGAAGCCACUCGUACGUACGGCCGCGCUCAGUGUCGCCUUGAAUUAGAGAUUUAGUUCACUGCGUACCUAAUUAAUGGAUUUCCAGGAGGUGCAGAUUCCUCGCACACCUGCAAGUCACAUCGCUGGAGGAGUGAGUCUUUAUUCCCUUUUUUAUACCAAGUGUCAAUGGACUGCGGUUUGAAUGUGAGUGUCUUAAGGCGAUGCUGUGAGUUGCAAUCCGGGUUUUGAAGAGAGAUAGAGAGGCGGGCUUCUGAUCUAACCUUUUUUCCCAUUCCCUAUUGUCCUGACCCAAGUCCUUUCCUGUCCUUCCCUUCUCAAUGCCUUAUAGAGAAGCGGACAUCUAACCUUUUUCCGGUGUCCCUAACGUCCCUAUUCCCUGUUAUCUUGACUCAAGUUCUUCCCUGUGUCUUUCCCUGUCCUUUCCUGAUCUCCCUGUUCCUUUCCUACCCGAUGUCUCUCCUGCCCCUCACGUCCAUUCCCCACAAGCGCGCCACAGGGUCCGCUUGAGCCGACCUCCCGUGGCAGGCAAUAGUCUCUCGGCCCCGCCACCCUCAUUAACCACAACAAUCGCGGGCCACGCAGGACUUAACGGAGGGGGAGGUGCCCUUCUCCAUUCUAUCAACACCACCGUUCCCAUCAGCCCCACUACCACCACCGCCGCCUUUGCCAACGCCACACCAGCCUCCGUGUUCCCCAGCAGCUUCGUCAACGCCUCCCUGCCUCUCAACGACUCCUCCCACCUCAAUGACACAAUGAUGACAUGGAGCGUGGUGCUGGGGGUGAGUUUCUUGGUGAUGGGGCUCAUGCCUUCUGAGGUGGGUCCCGCCUAUCCCAACAAUGGCUUCCUUCCCGCCACUGAUGGGGGCACGCCUGACUGUGUCCAGGACCCGCGAGACACCUUCUGCCUCGACCACAAGAAAUACCCCAAGGAGCGCAUUCUCUACCUCCUGGAAAACAAGAUGUUCGACGUGGACUCCAUACUGAUGGACGAGAGCCGGGAUUCCUACGUCUUCGAGUCCAGGAGCGUGCCGCCAGUCAACAUGUAUGGCUACGAACCGCUACGACCGACGUACGAGCCACCGAGACAAACAUACGACCAGCCACACCAGACGUACAAGCCGCCGCGACAGAGCUACGGGCCACCUCCUCCUCCUCCUCCUCCUCCUCCUCCUCCUUCAGCGCCUUCCAACAGUUACCUCCCUCCACGCCAGAACAAUUUUUCCACCACCUCCAAACCCUACCACCAUCCUCCUCCACCCCCUCUCCCCCCUCCCAGUAAAUACAGCGCUCCCCACCACACUUCCACAUACGGGGGUGCUCCUUAUCACUACGGGACCCCUGCCCCUCCCUAUGACAACGAAGGACCGUAUCCCCGCUAUAGAAAGACCACUACCCCUUCCUCCUCCUAUCUGACGCGGUACCUGCCACCUCCGACCCCUCCCAGGUCACCACCGAAGCCUCAGCCUUGGUGGAGAAAAGUCAUGAGGUCUUCCCGGCGGCGGCAGAAGAGACAGCUGGGCUCUUCAGAUCUGUGUCCCUACGAGGAGGACUACAUCAUGCCCCGCGCCGCGCUCAACAACAAGGGCACGUGGAUGUUCCUCGUCAACAUGGAGGAGGUGUCGCCGCAGUACACGCAGGCGGUACAGACCAAGAAGUGCAUUCCCGGCGCCACCUGCUCGGGCUCCUGCAACGUGCCCGAUGGGUUCACCGCCACCUGCCAGCAGCAAUACGUGCAGAAGCGGCUCAUCGCUCUGGACGGCUCCGGCUCCACCCUCGGCACGGAUCUGUUCUGGUUCCCAUCGUGUUGUUUGUGCAAGAUCGUUCCCGACGGGUGAUGCGUCAUGGAGUAACUGGCGGGACGAGAGGCGAGGGGCUUAGAAGCCCCUGUCACGCAGACGGAGUUAUGUAGAUGAAGUUAAUGUCCUAGACGGUUAGCCUGUAUAGUAACGCCAAAAAAAUUUCACAGCACGAGUGUUUUUUCUACAAGAGGUUUGUUACAGGACACGAAACCUGAUUUAUUUUCUCCCCCAAGAAAGGAAAGACCACGUACUUAGUGAAACCGUUCCAAGUUAGUAGAAAGAAUAGUUAGGCACCUUACUGUCUUAUAGAAAACGUACCCAAAGCUAAAAGGUCGCGAGAAAACGUCCCUGAAGUAAGGUUAACUUAACUAGUGUUAGACGAGACUGUGACUGUUGGGUAUUUGCUGCAGGUACACGCUAGUUGUUAGAUGUAUUAGUACACGUAGAUCUGUGUGGUGCAGCGCCCUUCCCUGCGUUGUGUGAUGAGGCUGAACUGUGGCGGGGUGCGGCGCCUGCAUUCCCCGGUACCCAUACGUGGGCCUGCCACGUCUCGGGGUGGCGUGGAGGGGCGCCGCCGCACACCCUGUCCACACAAAUCCUGUCCACGCCACAGCGGACAGGAAACCACAGGGAACAUUAUUGCGUCCACAUCCAAACACGUACAAGAUUCUCUUUACUGUUUUUACAAUGAAUGACUACUAUUACUAUAACUAUUAUUACUAUUAUUCUCACUAUUUAUAUGCUUCCUCGUGAUAAUUUAUAUUCAGCCACUGUCAUUAUUAUUAUUAUUAUUAUUAUUAUUAUUAUUAUUAUUAUUAUUAUUAUUAUUAUUAUUAUGUUAACGUACGUCCAUCACCAUGAUUCGUUUUAGUGUGUUUGUGUGAAAAAAAAUAUAUAUAAAAAAUAAUAAAUACAUGCAAAUGUUUCACCUUAGACACAUAUUAGAUUCUUUUGAUAUAAACUAACAAAAAAUAAAGCCCAUGAAAAUGCCA